UCCCUCACACACACACACACGCGCGCAAUAAUUUUCAUCCCGUCCGCACGCAAAAAUCGUGCGGGCCAGAACAACACGAGACAAUAUCCUUCCACGAGACCUACAUAAUACCAACACGGGGACACGAGCUAACGGUUCCCCCUCCCCUACACGAUUACACUCGGAAGCCAGUGAAAAGACGAUCCACGAACGAGCGAGCGUGUAUGUACGACACGUACACGCACACACACACACAAGCGUUGCACGUGUACGUUGGCAGCGCGAAGGGGAGAGAGAAAUGCCGACUCGUCACGGAGAGACAGAGACUUGCACACACGACGGAGGAAGAUCGGGAUGGGAGGGGAGGGGGGAGGCUGGCGCACCAGUUUCCGCGUUCCAGCGGCGCACAAGCGCGCCACGGCUCGCACACGCAUACACACACAUGCGCGCGCACACGUACAACUCGGCACGAACACGAGCGAGACCCGUGUCUCACCAGGCUGGCUUCAGUAAGCUCGGAGCUUUCGAACGGUCCAGUCGCCUUCCCCGCGCUCCGUGCCUCCUCGCCCUCUUUUGUCAUCCAAUCGUACGUACGUACGUAUGUACGUACGUCCGUACGUACUAUCGACAUGUGCGUGACGAGCAGCCAGCCAAUCCUGAUUCGCCGUUCGUUCGCUGUAUUCGCGUUGUAGCACGCGUUGUCGCGAAAAGAUCAGGGACGAAAUAUUCCCCCUGAUUGUCUACGAAAUAUACAUACAAUUUUUAAAUAAAUUCGAGUGAAAAGAUAUUCGAGUUAUCGCCGAUGGAUAAGUUCGGGAACGGAUGGGCCAGGCUGACCGACCACGGUGCCUCUGCUUUUAACCUAUGCGUUUUAACCGACUAUUAUCGAGAAUCAAGAAAAGAGGAGGAGGUCGAGUUUCUUGAUACGAUUUUAACCGUGCUUGCCAACCAAUAUAAAUAGACGGACGCGGCUUGUGCGCGGUUUUUUUAUAUCCAGGAUUCGAUACAUGUAUAUAUAUAUAUAUGUAUAUACGUAUAUGUGUGAAUGGAUAAUAAAUAAAUUAUCGCGUGGAACGAUGUUUUUAAAUCGGGUGAGAAGUGAAUAGUUGGAUGAAAGGGAGGACGGUGAGAGGGAGCGUGGCUUGGAUAGAUUGUCGCAUUGGACGAGCUUAGUGUCGGGCUGGUGGCACUGUUCCGGGAGCACCGGCGGCGGGAUCAUGAGGAGCAGCAGGACGAGCAGCGUGCACGGUGGAACGAGGACCGCCUCGAGAUCGAUUCGAAGGCUAUGCGAUCAGCUCGAUUCUUAUAACGGGAGGAUAGCCAAGCGGAGGUCUGAUCGAGCUUGAUUUUCAUUUCUUUUUUUCUUCUUCUUUUUUUUUCCUUUUCGAUCUCUCGAAUCGAUCGAUCGGGAGAAAAAUUAAUGAAAUUAAUAGGUAGUUGCAAGGAGGAGAGAUGAGAUUGAUUUUGAAGGUGUUCUCUGUGAAAUUUUUGAAGUGAAAGGGAAAGUGGUGUUGCCAAAAAGAGAGAGAGAGAAGAGGAAGGAUUCUAAAAGCAAUCCAUGUCGAUCCAUGUCCUUGAGAAACGACUUCUUUGGAAAUGUUUGAACCUUUUUUUAACCGCGUUUUUAGAGACCAAGGUUUCGUGUAAUCCAUUAGACCAAGAGGCCAAGAUUUUAUCGAGCCACGACCCGACGACUUUUAUCGAGACGGCGGUCGAUCAAAGUCUGACCAAACACGAUACUCUCUACUUAAGUUUCAAUACGUUCGAGGGGGGGAAGGCUAGCGUUUCACCGACCACGAGGCUCGAGCUGUGCGUUCGAGGCAAGACGUUACAACGAGAGGAGCUGGAAAAAGAGUUAGAAAGAAAAUUUUAAUUUGAAUAUCCGCGUGUUCCAAAAAUUAAAUAUAGCGAGUUUUCGUAAUUUGAUCGUUAAAAUGUUCUCCACGAAAAUUUCGAAAAGCAAUUUUGAAAAAUUUCCCUCGUCUUCUAAUAAACGAGAUAAAUAAAUAAACGGAGAGAGGGAGGAUCUCCUCUCGAAUCAAAAAUAAAAAUCCAUUAUUGGAUUCGAUAUAUUGUGAAUAUAUAUAUAUAUAUACUCGAGAAUCAAAUAACUUUGAGAGACUUUCGGAAGAUCGUUGCGGCUGAUUCUUCGACAAGUUAUUAUUAAGGAUAGCGGACGGGUGGAUGCACAAACGAUUAACUCUCGGUCGAGUGGAGAUCCAGGGAUGCAGCAAAAGCUACGGUGCGCAUUUAAAGGACGCCAUUGAAGAGGACUAACUCGGUCGAGUCAGCGUGGCCUCUUCCACAAUUGUGCGCGGAGAAUCGGCGAGAAAGGCUCUCCGUGUAUUUUGGACUCGAGAGCCCAAGUAAAGUUUUAACAAAAGCGAACGGGUUGUUACAAUGCGAAGUGUCCUCUCACCUCGUUCUCCCGGGGGCAGAGCCGCGUGUUAGACCAACUUGCGCACAGUCGUGCUCAAAUGUUAAUUAAUUCAGGCGAAGUAAGAUGAUAUGGAGUCUGAAGACGAAGUGGACGAAGAGCUGCCGGGGGUGAAACGCACGGAGGAGGUGAACCGGAACGAUAAUAUAAAGAGGCUCGAGACGAUGAAAAUUUCAACGAAACCAAUGUCCUCGAAGACGGUAGAGCGAAGUGAGUGCCAGCUGGUGCGCUCGCCGAAUCCAGAGGAGGCGGAACUCGUCGUUCCGUACAGGAAUCCUGGCAAAACGAAAACGCAAGAAGAAUCAAAAUUACCUUUAAGCAUCGGCAUCAAGACUGAGACGAAGGACAGUGAAAUAGUGAAGUUGUGUAGAAGCAAGAGGAUCACUUGCCAGGACACCAUACACGAGUACGACGAGGAUGAUGGGCUCACUAUGGAAAAAGUUGGAAGAUACCUCGAAGCGCAUCCGGACGCUGCAGAGGCCUGGUUCCGUGAAAACGCGAGCCUCGAGCUUCGACAAAGGUUUCAAGGUAUGGCCGUGGUUCAAGCGAAAUCACCGUUGAAAAAUAUACAUCAGGAGGAGAAUCUCCUGAGCAGAAGCAAACGUAACAGCGUCACAUCUGAUCUGUUCCAAAGCUGGCUGGCUUCCAGUUCACCAGCCAAACGCAGUAAAAGUCCCAGCAGGAUGUAUACCUCGUUGGUUGGACGAAGAGAAGAGCUCAACAGGUUGGAUGAAAGUGAUUUGUUCAUGGAGUUGAUCAGAGACGUGGCAAAUGAAUUGGAUAUCAAUGUUCUCUGCCACAAAAUUUUGGUAAACGUCGGCCUGCUUACGCACGCCGAUCGUGGAAGCCUUUUUCUGGCCAAAGGACCUUUGGAAGAUAGAUACUUGGUUGCAAAACUGUUCGACGUGACACAGGACACUGAAUUGGAGGAAGCCAUUCAAAAAGCGAAGAACGAAGAGAUCAAGAUUCCUUUUGGAGUUGGUAUAGCUGGCUACGUGGCUCAAACUAAAGAAAUCAUCAACAUCAAGGAUGCAUACAAGGAUCCAAGGUUCAAUAGCUCUAUCGACAUGAGAACUGGCUACAAAACUACGUUAAUUUUAUCCAUGCCUAUCUGUAAUUACGAGGGAGACGUGAUUGGAGUUGCUCAAAUUAUAAAUAAGACUAAUGGUAGCAAUGAGUUUACUGACAGAGACGUCGAGGUGUUCCAGAGAUACUUAACAUUUUGCGGGAUUGGGAUACAAAAUGCUCAAUUAUUCGAGCUCUCCGUGCAAGAAUAUCGCAGGAACCAGAUUCUUCUAAACUUAGCCAGAAACAUAUUCGAAGAGCAAAACAAUCUCGAGUGUCUGGUCACGAAGAUCAUGACCGAAGCGAAGGAACUUCUAAAAUGCGAAAGAUGCGCCGUUUAUCUUCUGGAUCUCGACUGCGGCGAGGCAGGACACCUCGAAAAAAUCGUCGAACGGCCGGGAAAAUCGAUGCAAGAGAGCCGGAAACCGCUUUCGAGGAGAGAGAGUAACAACAUCGAGAUGGAGGACAUUUUCCAACAGCAUGCGACGAACGAUGGAAAUAAAUUCACCACCAUCUUCGAGAUGGACAACGAAACGCAGAAAGCCAAAGUAUACAGACCCAGUGCAAGUGAUUUGUCAAAUCCAUUGAGCCAAAUUGCGAGAUACGUCGCAGCCACGGGUCAAAUUUUGAACAUCGGUGACGUGACCACGUGGCUAAAAAAGGACGUCGUUCAAGCAGGAAGCGAUCCUAUCAAGAGCAUUCUCUGCAUGCCCAUAGUUAACGGACAGAGAAACGUGAUCGGUGUCGCUCAAUUGAUCAACAAGGAUAAUGGAACAUCAUUCACCGAUUCCGACGUAUCGAUUUUCGAAGCUUUCGCCAUUUUCUGCGGCCUUGGUAUUCAUAAUACCCAAAUGUACGAGUCAGCAUGCAAGCUGAUGGCCAAACAAAAGGUUGCACUCGAAUGUCUGAGCUAUCACGCGACGGCGAGCAACGACGAUACGUUAAAAUUAACCUCAGAACCGAUACCGUCCGCGGAAUCCUACAAUCUGUACAGUUUCACAUUUAUCGACUUCGAUUUGACCGACGAGGACACUUGUAGGGCUACCAUUAGGAUGUUCAAACAGUGCGAUCUGAUACAAAAAUUUCAUAUCCCUUACGAAGUCCUAUGCAGAUGGAUUCUCAGUGUGAAGAAGAAUUAUAGGCCAGUCAAGUAUCAUAAUUGGAGACACGCACUGAACGUUGCCCAGACCAUGUUCGCCAUGCUUAAAACCGGCAAGAUGGAACAGUUCAUGACCGAUCUUGAAAUCCUUGGACUAUUGGUCGCCUGUUUGUGCCACGACUUAGACCAUAGAGGAACCAAUAACGCGUUUCAAAUGAAGACAGAAUCACCGUUGGCCAUUCUUUAUUCGACCAGCACUAUGGAACAUCAUCAUUUCGACCAGUGUGUCAUGAUCCUGAAUUCGGAUAGUAAUAACAUCUUUCAGAGUUUGUCUAUGGAGGAUUACAGAAGAGUGAUGAAGGUGGUCGAGAGCGCUAUACUAUCCACAGAUUUGGCGGUUUAUUUCAAAAAGAAGAACAAGUUCAUGGAACUGAUUGAUGAGGGCGAAUUCGAUUGGCAGAGUGAGGAGAAGAAAGAACUGUUAUGCGGGAUGAUGAUGACUGCCUGCGACGUGAGCGCCAUAGCGAAACCCUGGGAGGUGCAACACCGGGUGGCCAAGCUGGUCGCCGACGAAUUCUUCGACCAGGGUGAUCUGGAACGUCUCCAACUGAACCAGCAACCAGUGGCCAUGAUGGAUCGCGAAAGGAAGGACGAACUUCCUCAAAUGCAGGUCGGUUUCAUCGACGUGAUAUGCCUGCCUCUGUACAAAGUUCUCUCCGACACGUUCCCAUGGAUCAUGCCGCUCUACGAGGGCACCAUGGAGAACAGGCAACACUGGCAAGAUUUGGCUGAAAAGGUCGAAAUGGGUCUGACCUGGAUAGAUCGUGACACCAUCGACGAACCGGUCGAAGAAUUCGUCUCCUAUGAACGCAAAGACAUCGAGUUCACGGUCACAACGUUGAACUGCAUGGACAGAAAGGAAGCCCCUGAGAAAUCCGCGUUGGGUAGGCUUAUCUCCCUGAGGAAAGGUGGCCCUACUCUGGGAAAAGAUGUGAGGCACAGGCUUAGCAGGCCGUUGUACGCGAGAAACGCUCCAGAGGACGCUGCCAAAUCAACCAAGGCCCUGAUCCCUGACAGGAAGAGUCGAAACAAAUUGUGCUUGCUCAUUUGA